AUGUCAACCUCUCGUACUCCUCCGCCUCAAGAGGCAGCGGAUGUCUCAGCCUCAGCGAUACCAACCGCGCCAGCGUCGCAGAAGGCAGCAGCAGUAGAACUGGAGGCCCCAGCAUCUGCGCCGGUUGCGGCGGAAACGAGCACAGCAGAGGCUGCAUCCAGUUCCCCAGGCCAUGAUGAGGCCCCUCCUAAUCCACCCCCAUUACUCGAAGUAGCAGAGUCGCUCCUCGCUCGUCUGAAGCCCUUCUUGCGGGAGUCACACAUCGAGAUUGAGGCGCGAAUUUGUAGCAUCAUCCAGUCAAAGAAGCGAACGCACAGCAUGAUGAAGGGCCAUGUUGGUGCUACUGCUACAACAAUUUCAUCACGCGACGCACCGCAUAUUGUUGAGGGUGAGCAUCGGCGCAUUCAAGUUGGUGUGAGCGCGGAGGACUUCGCCAGGAUGAAGGCGUACAUGGCGGAGAAGCCGGAGGCCUUGCCAUUCCAGGAGUCUGUCACGGAGGAUGUCAAUACGCGGGCCGGUCGCUACACAUACGCUAUUGCCAACGACGGGUCAGAGUCGUUUAUUGGGUGCAUAGAAAAGAGGCGCUUGUGCAACGUUGAGGUGCGCGUUCCGGGUUGCCCGUACGACAUUCGUGUCUCCGUCAGCACGGAGGUGCCAAAGCCAGCGAUCGAUGCGCCUGCUGUGAAGCCGCAUGGGUGCGUGCGUCGCAAGCGGCGGUGGACAGCAACGGAAAAGACAUUUGAGUACGCCUUCACGCGUGUCAGCACCGUUGACCACAAGUAUCCUGUCUUCGAAGUGGAAGUAGAGGGCAUACAUGCGAGCUGUCAGGCAGGUGUUACCAAGGCGUGGCUGGCCGACCUUCUGGGCCGCUUGGUGGCCCUCGCGCAGUUGAAGGGCAACACCGGAUUGCCGCACAGGCUGGCGUGUGAUGGGGACUAA